UUGGCGGUACAGUUUUUCUGAUCGCCCAAGUUGGCAGCCUUAAGAUGUUUUGAAGCGGGAGCCAAAUUGCAAAACCUGAGAUGACACCGGAAUUCGCAGAUUACCUAGAAAGAGAUAAACAGUCCGUGAUGGAAAUCGCCCCGGACGGCUGUAAGGAACACUAUCUUUGGAUAUACGAAAAGACAAGGAUAACCGCUGAAGAACUGGCGCGGCCCUUUUCUCGAGAGGAAGUCGAGGAGUUGUGCCGGCGUACCAAAGUCAAGGUGCAAAUGUAUAGAAAAAACUGUGUUUUUGAAGCCAAAAAACGAUUCGAGGCAAAGGGCCGGUUUAAAGACGCCUCCCAACGCUAUAUUGACAAGAUGCUGAUUAAAGCGGUAAAGCGAAAAAUGGUGACGCCGUAUUCGGACGAGGAGGUGUCCAAGUGGAGGAGUAUCAACCGCAGUCUUCUUAAAGAACAAAAUCUUCGACGUUUGGAGAUUGGGCGCCAAAGCCGAAGAAGCCUCUCAAGAGAGUCAAAGUCUUCCCGCAAAUCGAAUUACACAAAUGACAAUAUCUCGGAUGUGGAGCUGAUGUCCUCCCAAUCAAGUGCCUCUAAAGAAGACAUCUUGGACUUGGACUCUCAUUUGGAAGACGGUGGACUCGUUGGCAUAGGAGACACAGAAUCAGCACCUGUGGAUAUGUAUCCACGAAUGAAAUUGGUGAAAAGAACCGAUAUCUCAGACUUUGGCGAUAUAAUAGAGGAGGAUUACAACUACAACAGCGAGAUGCUACUUCAGGAUAUAGGCGAGAGCCAAAGCCAGAAUCAGGACGCAGGAGGAGGCCAGAGCCAGGAGCUGAGCAUCGGGCCAAGCGAGGAAAUACAUCCGAGUCUUUUGAAUCUGGACUGGGUCCAGGCCGGAAUUGAACUGAACUCUGAAAGCAUUCUUGAUGAAAAAAACACCCAAUCCCAGAGGAGUGACGAUACAAACUAUGAGAUCUUUGGAACCCAAGUGGUGGGCGCAUCUACCCAGGAUUCGGUCUCCCAAUGA